AUGACGGAACCGCUCACCAAGGUCGACUCAGCUGUCGAGGGUCUCUCUCAAUCACCACCCAAGGAGUCCAAGACUCGCCGCCAAUCUUCGGCCGCUGCACCUGGCGUGUACAACAUCAAGGACCUUGAGGAGCAAAAGAUUGAGCUUGAGCUCGCACCGGAAACACAACGGACAGGAUGGCUGACCCUCAACAGGAAGAUUAACACUUCCUCAUCGCAAGUUGAGGACAAGGAAAUCCUCAAGCUGCACCUGUCAAAGCCCCCAGUCAAGAAGAUUGACCUGCACUUCCCUCUCGGCAUGGAAGUAACAGCACGCAACCUCAAGGGAGUAACAAUAAAGGAUGCCCUGGACGCCAUCCACAAGGCAUACAAGAAGAGAUCUGACGACGAGCUCGACAACCCGUACCUGGCAGGCUUUGAAUGGGACAAGGAGGAGUCCUGGACGCGCCUGGUUGUUCACCUCCAGAAGAACCCCGCAAUUGAGAAGAUCGGCGGCGGCGGCGGUGGCAAGAAGAAGAAGAACAAGAAGAACGAGGGCGAGGAGUAA